UGAAAAAAGUGAAAAUUUGAAUUGCUUCCAAYUAAUGAAUAAUUGAUGAUCCUUAAUCACAUUUGUGCAAAUUUCUAACCUGUCAUUUAAUUGAAAGAUAAUAGCAAGUUGGCUGAGCAGAAUUAACCGCCUGCCAUGUAAAAGAGAGAUUUAUAUCUCAGCUUGGCGGCAGUUGUUGAAAUGUAAUUUCAAUUUUUCGCUAUCAAGCAACACAAUACAACAAGUGCCAAGUGAGCCAAGUGGAUACUCCAUCUUCAUGGAAAGCAAUACCAGCUCGAACGAAAGCUUUUCCAUUUUAACAGAUGCAAGUAAGGUGUCAUGGAUCUUGGCAUUUUCUCUUCAAUUUCUCUCGGCAAUAAUAGGAAACCUGCUUAUCUURUGGAUAGUCUACAAGGACAAACGAUUGAAAACAACCACUAACUACAUAAUUGCCAACAUUGCUGUCAGUGACAUUCUCGCAUCCAUUGUUGAGUUUCCGAAGAAGAUAAUUUCAAUAGCUGUUGACGAAGAAUGGAUAAUUGCUGGUGACUUUGGUAAUUUGUUGUGCAAAAUAUCUACAUUCAUAGAGGAAAUGUGUUGGGAUGUUUCUUCUUAUAGCCUUUUGUUGAUAGCCAUUGACCGCUACUUUGCCGUGGCUCAUCCAAUGAAAAAACCUUUCCAAAAUAGUAAAUACAUUAUUGCAGGAGUUUGGAUUUUGACGAGUAUGCGUUUCUUGCCAGUUUUUUACUUCUUUGGUAUUGCUGACGAUAUUGAACAGAGGUUAUGCACUGUUUCUACAAACCUUUCUUCUUAUUUUGUCUAUUUGAUAACGAAUAUUGUCAUAAGUAGUGUUGUUGUAGGCUUUGGAGGUAUCAUGGCGUAUACAUUGAUAGUCUAUAGACUCUAUCAUCACAAAGUACCAGGAGUUCAAACCGAUAGGAAAACAAGAAGACAAGAACAACAAAACAAGAAGGUUCUCAAGAUGUCUGUCAGUAUUGUCGCCUUGGGAUUUUUUUUCAAUUAUUCGUGGAUUGUCUUGUAUGUGUUGAAACUUCAAGGAAAACUUKACCAUCUUUCUCCAUCGACGCUCAAAAAUGUUUCGAAUGCUUCAAAUUUUAUAGCAUACAUGUUUUAUGUCUACAACUUCUACCUGUAUCUCAUCUUCAAUGACAUUUAUCGUGAGAACGUUAAAAAUAUUGUAACGAGGUGUUCUUGCUCUUUUAAUGUUAAAGCCAACAACACUACCAAAACAAGGAGUCUUGGAGAAAACCAGGUCUACACAGAAUGCUGAAGGAUUACUGUUAAUAGGUUUUAUUAGAAGUCAUGAGAACGAUAUAUAUAGAAAACCAUAUAUUUAGCUCUACAAAUCGUCUCAAGCCAGGUAAAUGGUUGUUUAUCUUUCAGAUUGAUGGCCUUGCUGAUAUUUUUUCAAGGCUACAAUGUAAUUGCAGUGAAUGAUUUUAACUAUUGCAUUUAAUAUAGCCACGGUAAUUAAAUGUUCACUGUACAAGUAGGGAUGUUGUUAAACUUUAAAACGUGACGAAAACUUGACGCAAGAUAUCACACUUUUCACAUGUAUGUGAAGAUAUGGCUUUUUAUUGCCAAUCUUCGAUUUCUUUAAGUUUUUUUGGCAUUUUACUGACCGAUAUGAUGAACAGAACAUUAAAUGGUUUAGUCGGAUAAUGAUUUUAUUUAUUACAUAAGCUUCAAUAAAAUGUGAAAAAGUGAUAUCUUUCRGCAUAACAUAAUAACACGUUACCAUGGAUAUGCCGUACAAAAUUGUCCUAUUUCUGUGCCUUAUAGAUAGAAAUUUGAGUUUUUAUAAUAAACAGAACAUUACAUUG